UUCCACUGUGUAAAACGCUACUGUAAUGAGAAAUUCUCGAACAAGGAAGCGGGCGGCACUACGGCACUAUUUUCAGCCUACAUUGUUAAGAGUGUUACUCAGUGCUCACUCGGAGUGGAGCUCACAUUCUUCUUGAUGAUGGCGGCUACACAUGUUGCAAAACUGUUCCUAAGACGAUGUAAGUUAGCAAAGAAACACGCAUUGUUUUCAUACAUUUCUUGUCAGAAAAAUUACCAAAAUUGUUACAGCAUAUCAAGUUUAUCAACUUCUUCGUAUUACUUUGACUCAUGGAAAAGAACUGAGUGUGCAUUCCCGUUGGUUCGUUUGCUGAAAAGCAAAAGCUGUUGCAACAACGUCAAAAGUCAUGUGCACUCUUUAUAUGGAAACUGGACUAGUCAAAUCUCCCAGAGAAGCUACAGUGUAGAGGUAGCAGAUUGUGACAUUUCAUUUGAAGACUUAGAAGCUUUGAUCCAAGGUGGAGAUAUUCAGCUCAUUGAUGUUAGAGAGCCACAGGAAAUUAAUGAAUAUGGAACCAUUCCUGGCUCUGUUAACAUUCCUUUGGGUCAGGUAAAAGAUGCUUUGUUAUUGACAGAAGAUGCUUUUCAAAACAAGUACAAAGUUUCUAAGCCUCAACAGUUUGAUGCAAAUAUUGUCUUUUUUGGUCUUGGACCUAUCAAAGCAAGGGCUGCUGUUGAACUUGCUCACAAAUUUGGCUACACUAGAUCCCGCAUGUAUAGGGGAGGAUGGGAAGACUACACCCAAAAAACUGGGCAGUCAUUAAAACGAAUGUGAAAAACUUGAAUCUUGGAAGAGAUGAGUUUGGCUCAUGGCAUCUGAUGAGAAGAAACAGAAUAUAUUUGCUUCAAUAUUUUUUAUUCUUUUUGGGGUUGGUAAAUAAGCUUGAGUUUGGGGGCUUUUUACCAUGUUCUGAUAAAAACUAAAAUUAUUUGACUAAGUAAAAAAAAAUCAUAAGUGUCAACAGAUGAACAUUAUUGUUCUUAAAUUUGUUUAAAGCAGAUACUAUUUUUUUUAAAAUAUGAACACAUUACUGAAAAAUUCCAUGUGUAAAUUUGUUGUUAAGCGGUAAUAAAAUUCUUUCCAAAAUAA